CAAUUUUGGUAGUAUCUAAUUUGGUGAUUUAACUUUUUGCGCGGGCAGCACUGCACCGAAAUGGCUACCGUAAAAAAUGGAGGUCAUCGCUCCGCCACAAAUUAGUAAUAGGGGCCACUAAACCAACCCAAACCGUCCAACCAUGUUGGAAAAAAUUGAACUCUUCAAUUGCGAAGACUCGACAAUUUUUUCACAAUAUCGGUGCAAACUGUGCCCGUUUUAUUCCAAUUUUCUAAUAGCUUUACACUCACACGUCCAAAAAGCCCAUUCCAUCGAGGGCCAGCUCUCUGUAGUCACCUUCAAGCUCCACAGAUGCGCGAACUGUGGUCUUGAGACUUUUUCACACUUGGUCUACUUACGACACGUCCGUACUUGCCCUAAUAGAUGUAAACGGUCCGAAUUUCGGAGGGUGCGUAUCAGGGGCUCAAAAUGGUACAAGUGCCCCCACUGUUGCUACAAGUCCAAGCAAAGCGGGGGCGUAAAAGCGCACAUUAUCGCCCGGCACACGUCGUUUGAGGAAACUAAUUGGUUCGAGUGCGAUUACUGUGCCUUCAGGACCAAAACCAAGGGCGAUUUGAAAAAACACACCCAGCGAAUUCAUACGCGGGAAGGUGUCGACAAUUACAAAAAGUUUCAGUGCGACUUGUGCCCUUUUCAAACUAAGAGGAGACCCUCUUUACGCAUGCACAUGAUAACGCAACACACAAACUGCAACCAAACGGUUGUAAAGACAGAGGUGUUGUAUUACUGCACUGUUUGCGAAUACAAAACCAAGCGUUCAGAUAACUUGAAAACACACGUCAGGGAACAACAUGCAGCACCUGACGAUAUUGAAUGGUUUGAGUGCGACCAGUGUGAGUACAGAGCCAAAAGGGGGCACAGGCUGAAGGAGCACAAGUUAAUGAAACACACGGACUUGGACAGGAUCCAGUGGUUCAAAUGCGGGCAUUGUGCAUACAAAGGCAAGCUGAAGGCGAACCUGAAGGCCCACAUUUUAACGAAACAUAUUGACUUAGACUUGCAGCUUUUAUAGGGCUUUACUUUUUAUAUAACAAAGUGUUUAUGAACUGUUACGACUGUGUAUAGAUUUUUAUUAAUAAAGCGGUAUUUUGCGGG